GGCCGCCCGCCGCGGCCGGCCGGUGGGCGGCGGCAGUCUGGGCGCGGCGGUGACGGCGGCGGCAGCGGCGCGGUGACGACGGCGGCGCAGUACGAAUGCUCGACCUGGCCAAGAUGCCGACCGACGGCCUAGGCGGCCACCUGGGCUCGGAGGUGCUCUCCGCCCAGUCGCAGGCGCUCUUCCACUUCAACCGCUACUACGCCGAGCGCGUGCAGGCGCGGAAGGCGGCCGUGGCCAAGACGGUGCGCGAGGUGUGCAAGGUGGUGCAGGACAUUCUGAAGGAGGUGGAGGUGCAGGAGCCGCGCGUGAUCUCCUCGCUCACUGAGUGCAAUGGACGGUUCGAGGGUCUCGAGGUGCUCUCCCCGACAGAGUUCGAAGUCGUUCUCUACCUGAACCAGAUGGGAGAGUUCAACUUUGUCGACGACGGCACCAUCCCGGGCUGCUCGGUGCUCAAACUCAGCGACGGCCGCAAGCGCAGCAUGUCGCUGUGGAUCGAGUUCAUCACCGCCUCCGGCUACCUGUCGGCCCGGAAGAUGCGCGCCAAGCUGCAGACCCUGUGUGCGCAGGCGUGCGACAAAUCACACUACCGCGACUGUGUCAAGAUGAUCGGCGACACGACCGAGGUGCGGAUGCGGAUCCGUGACCGGUACGUGGUACAGGUGACGCCGUCGUUCCGCUGUGCCGGUGUGUGGCCGCGCUCUGGCGCCCACUGGCCCGUGCCGGGCAUUCCGUGGCCGCUACCUAGUCUGGUAGCCGAGGUGAAGGCCGAGGGCUUCGACCUGCUCAGCAAGGAGAGCCAGGCGAUCCAGAGCAAACAGAACUCGAUGGAGGGCGACGCCUGGGUGCUGAGCUUUAACGAGGCCGAGAACAGGCUGCUGUACGGCGGCUGCCGCAAGCGCGUGCUCUCGUUGAUGAAGACGCUGCGGGACAGGCACCUGGACCUGCCCGGCAGUCCGGUCACCUCCUACCACCUCAAGAUCCUGCUGCUGUACGAAUGCGAGAAGCACCCUCGCGAGCUGGAGUGGGACGAGUCGGCCAUCUACGACCGGGUUCUGGGCCUGCUGGUUCAGCUCAUCUCGUGUCUGCAGAACCGGCGGUGCCCGCACUACUUCCUGCCGGCGCUGAACCUCUACAAGGGCAUCUCGCCGGCCGCCAUGGACACCGCCGCCAAACAGGUGUGGCGCCUGCUCAGAGACCUCAUGUUCAACCCCAAGGCGCUCGAGAAGUUGUGAGCCGAUGUCGCAGGCCGACGUGGCCCGGACGAGGCCGAGACAGUGAUCGUGAAUAGUGAUCCGUGAGUUGCAGUGACUGCCGUGAUCGCCGUGAGUGCCGUGCUGCCGUGAGUGACGCGCGAGGGACGAUGUCGGCAGCGGCGGCGGACAGUGGACGGUGGAAACAGAUAUAGUGCACCACAAACGAUCAGAAUGGGGUGAACGGAAGGCGCUGGGCGCAUCACACCGCACCCAUGCAAUGGACACGCCUAUAAGUAUAUAUGUUUGUUGUUAUUUAUUUGCUAGCUCAGUCAAUACAGUGAUACCAAUGUA